AUGCCCCGACAAAACCAGCGAUCAGCAGUACCGGAUCAUAACUGUAGUGCUUGUGGUUUACCUGACGACAGUAGAAUGGUGAGCUGUGACGAGUGCCAUGCGUGGUUUCACUUUACCUGUGUCGGUGUUACUCAAGAAAUCGAGGAUCACAGUUGGAGCUGCUCGCAGUGCGCAAAUGACUCCAAGAAAGAUGAACACGACACAGGUGACGAUUUGACGGCAAACAAUAGCACUGACCCGCAACCUAUGCCAAAUCCAUUGUUAUCAGGUACAUCGAAGGUACAAUUAGCCGAAUUACAAUUACAACUGCUAGAAGAAGAGUACGCGCUUGAGCGAAAGUUCCUACAAAGGAAGUAUGAACUUUUAAUGACGACCAAAACAGGGAAUUUAGGGACAGACAGCACCAUCUUGCCACCGCGGCAUCAGUCAUCUCCCCUACCGCCGCGGCUCACAGCGCCUUUUCUCAAUCCCGUGAAUCCGUUACUCGAUACAGCCACAGUGAAUGAUACAGUAUUGCUCAACCAAAGCCAAAUUGCUGCACGUCACGCCGUAUCAAAAGAGUUACCAGUCUAUAACGGCAACCCUGAAGAAUGGCCACUAUUUUUCGCGACCUUCGAAAACACAACAAAGCUUUGUGGAUACACUCCUGAGGAAAACAUGGCGCGAUUGCAACGAUGCCUCAGAGGUAAAGCACUAGACGCUGUCCGCUGUCAGCUCCUGCACCCUUCAAAUUUGGGGCACGUCUUGUCGACACUCAAAAUGUUAUUCGGACGACCAGAAAUUAUUGUCUAUUCACUGGUUCAGAAAAUCAAUCAUAUUCCAUCGCCACGAGCAGAUAAGCUAAACUCGAUCGUCGAUUUUGCGCUAGCUGUGCGAAACAUGGUAGCCACAAUACAGGCAUGCAAUCUAGAAGAACAUCUUUGCAACAUUACCCUGUUGCAGAGCUUAGUAGAUAGAUUGCCUUCAAUGAUAAAGCUCAACUGGGCGACUCAUCGUCAAAACAUGAAACGAGUCACUCUAAUCGAAUUCAGCGACUGGUUAUAUGCGCUAGCAGAAGCAGCAAGUGCGGUGACAGUGCCUCCCUUGAUUAAUACUACCGAAGCUAAUCAUCGACGGGGAAGAAAUGACGACGGAUUCGUACAUGCACAUACGGUAACCGAGACGGGGCCGUCUUCACAAGAAUUCGAUGGCACAAAUUGCAUAAUCUGUCAGGGUAGUUGCCCGACAGUAGGUCACUGUAAGCAGUUCUUAAGACAAGACCACUCUUCUCGUUGGGCUCUUCUAAGGAACCACAAAUUGUGUCGUUGUUGUCUAAAGUUGCAUAAAGGACUGUGCAAAUUCAGUAAACAAUGCGGGAAAGACGGGUGCCCAUACAAGCAUCACCAGCUGCUUCAUAACGAUGCCAAGGACAAGUCGAAUCAACACAACCGCAGUGAUGCCCAACCGACUGAAACACAAUCGAUUAUGCAUAGCUCAACCGAGUUAGGUUCAAACAACUUCAAUUGCAAUACUCAUCGCACGUGCGAAAAGUCAGUGUUGUUUAAAUACAUUCCAGUAAUACUAUACAAUCAAGGGCGAUCCAUUAAUACGUACGCCUUCUUAGAUAGUGGAUCCUCACUUACGUUACUGGAAGAGAGUCUAGCAUCCGAUUUAAAUCUUCAAGGAGAAAGGCACCCUCUAUGCCUUCGGUGGACUGCCGAUACGUGUCGCUAUGAAGAUUCAGCGAUCAAGACCUCCGUUGAUGUAUCCGGAAUACGAAGCGCAGAUAAGAAGUAUCGUCUCUCUGAUGUUUAUACAGUAAAGGAGUUGAAGCUGCCUCUUCAAACCUUACCAGUGGAGAGGCUUGCCAGAAGUCAUGCUCACCUUAAGGGAAUACCGGUCGACUCAUACGUUGACAUACAACCUCGAAUACUAAUAGGUGUAAAUAACACCCAUGUCGUGCAUUCACUAGACAGUCGCGAAGGGAACGAGCACGAACCGAUAGCGACCAAAACUCGGCUUGGAUGGAUUAUCUACGGUACCAGUCUGACGCAUACUGCCCGUAGUAGCGAUCCCAUAGUUAACUUUCAUUUAUGCUCACACUCUUACGGAGGCAAUUCGUCAAAUGAUGACGCUCUCGACGAUGCCGUAAAGAAAUACUUUGCAUUAGAAAGUCUGGGAAUUACAAAGUCGCAAAAGGCAAUGCUUUCGACCGAAGACGAAAGAGCUCUGAAAAUUCUCCGUUCUACAACGAGUCUCUGCCAUGGUCGUUACCAAACGGGCCUCCUGUGGAAAUACGACGAUGUAAGGCUACCGAAUAGCAAACCACUAGCCGAGCGACGACACCGUUGCCUGAUGAAAAAGCUGCAACGCGACCCCGAACUGUUGAAUAUACUGAAGUUAAAAAUGAAUGAUUAUCUGGAAAAGGGAUAUAUUCGCAAGCUCUCAAGCGAAGAAUCCAUGAUGAACAACGAUCGUAUAUGGUACCUACCCAUAUUUCCCGUAUUUAAUCGAAAUAAACCGGGCAAAGUACGCAUAGUCUGGGACGCUGCGGCUUCGACAGGAGGCGUCUCGUUGAACUCAGUCCUUCUAAAAGGCCCAGACCUCUUAACAUCCUUACUAUCAGUACUGCACAAAUUUCGAGAGCGGCGAGUCGCGAUAUCCGGUGAUAUACGCGAAAUGUAUCACCAAGUCGUUAUAAACGAUGGUGAUCAGCACUGUCAACGAUUCAUGUGGUGCGAGGAUGACGAGGCAGGGGAGCCUAGCGAGUACAUCAUGAAAGUAAUGACCUUCGGGGCUACGUGCUCGCCCAGCAGCGCUCAGUUCAUCAUGAACGAGAACGCGACACGAUUCGAGCAACAAUUUCCGUUAGCGGUUGAUGCGAUCAGACGUAGGCAUUAUGUUGACGACAUGCUUGCAAGCGUCGACACCGAAAAUGAAGCGAUUCUGCUCGCGUCAAACGUUCGCUUCAUUCAUCAGCAAGGAGGCUUCGAGAUGCGAAACUGGAUGUCAAAUUCAUCAACGGUUCUAAGAGCACUUGGUGCUGCACGAAGAAAUGAUAAGAACAUGGACAUGGAUUCCAGCCCAUGCUUUGAGAAAGUGCUAGGAAUGUGGUGGAACACCGAGAAUGACGUUUUUCGAUAUAAACUGUCAACUGAUCGUAACCGUGAACUGCUCUCUGGAAAGGAAAUACCGACCAAACGCGAAGUUCUCAGAACGUUAAUGUGUACCUACGACCCCCUCGGUCUGAUCGCAAACUACAUGAUGCCUUUGAAGAUACUUCUCCAAGAAAUUUGGAGGGCCGGCACGGGCUGGGACGAGCGAAUUGGUGACAGAGAAUUUGCAAAGUGGAAUUCAUGGUUGAACAUGUUGCCGUACAUUGAAUCAGUGCGAAUUCCUAGGUGCUACUAUGCCCCUAACGCUAACAACAGCCGACAGAUAAUCGAGCUACAUACGUUUGUAGACGCCAGCGAGUCCGGAAUGGCAGCAGUGUCGUACUUCCGCUUUGUAACAGAGAAUCAAAUAUACUGCGUACUAGUUGGCUCCAAAACUCGAGUGGCACCGUUAAAAUUUGUCUCAAUUCCUCGUCUUGAACUUCAAGCAGCCGUCAUUGGUGUGAGACUAGCUCGAAGCAUCCUACAGAAUCACACCUACGAAAUUGCCCACCGUUAUUAUUGGACUGACGCACGUGACGUCAUAUGCUGGCUGAAGUCUGAUCACCGGCGCUAUUCACAAUUCGUUGGUUUUCGUGUGGGAGAAAUCUUAGAAUCCUCAAACACGACGGAAUGGAGAUGGCUGCCCGGCAAACUGAACGUUGCAGACGAAGCUACGAAAUGGCAGCAUUUACCAUCGUUCGACGACAGUAAUCGCUGGUUUCGAGCACCACCGUUUCUUUGGAAGCCGCACGCCGACUGGCCCGUAUCGUCGGUUAACGAGUGGACAUCGACAGAGGAGAUUCGAACAAACCUGUUGCAUCAUUCUGAGAGCCCGAUUAGCGAUAUAUUGGAGCCAAAAAAUUAUUCCAGCUGGAAACACUUAAUUCGAUUAACUGCCUUUGUCCGUCGAUUCCCGUUGAACGUCAGGCGGAGAAAGAUAGGAAAGUAUCCGGUAACAGGUCCUCUCACCAGCGAUGAACUAUCGGACGCUGAGAAGUUCCACUACAAGCGAAUCCAACAGCAGUGUUUCAGUGCAGAAAUGAAAAUUUUGUCUUCGCCUAAAAAGGAAACAGGAGAAAAAAACUUAUCCAAACGUAGCGUCCUUUAUAAACUCUGUCCAUUUGCGGAUAAUGACGGUAUCUUACGCAUUCACAGUCGUAUUGAUGAAAGUAAUUACGCCGGAAAAUAUACGAAGCAUCCUAUUGUUCUACCGCGAGAUCAUCCGGCUACCAACCUAAUCCUGCAAGAAAUACAUAAUCGUUACCACCAUCAAUGUCACAAAACAUUUAUUAAUGAAGUCAGCAGAAAAUUCUACAUCGCGCGAGUUCAUGUUGCAUGCUGGAGAAUCCGACGCGAGUGUCAACGCUGCAAGAUUCGGUCCGCGCGUCCUCAGCCACCAGCAAUGGGAAAUCUACCGAAAGCUCGCUUAGCAGCAUACGUUCGUCCAUUCUCCUACAUAGGCGUAGACUACUUCGGCCCCAUGACAGUGGUUAUCGGUCGCCGGUCGGAAAAGCGCUGGGGUGUCUUAAUCACCUGCCUGACCACCCGUGCCAUCCAUAUUGAGAUAGCCCACUCGCUCUCAGCAGAUUCGUGUAUAAUGGCGAUCAGAAACUGUAUAUCCCGAAGAGGUACUCCAGUCCAAAUAGUAAGCGAUCGGGGCACAAACUUCAUUAAAGCUGAUAAGGAAUUGAAAAAGGGACUAGCUGGCUUGGAUCAAGAAAGAAUGAUUGCAGAGUUGACGACGCCCGAAACCUCGUGGACCUUCAACCCACCCGCGUCACCACACAUGGGCGGCUGCUGGGAGCGGCUUAUCCAAUCGGUGAAAAGGGUGUUAGCAGAAAUUAGACCAACGCGACCUCCCUCGGACGAAGUCCUGAGAAACACAAUGCUGGAAAUAGAAAAUAUCAUCAAUAGUAGACCAUUAACACAGGUCCCGAUCGAUCAUGAGUCAUCUCCGGCUCUAACUCCCAACCAUUUUCUUGUCGGCUCCUCUAGCGGAUCAAAACCGCUCGUUCCAUAUGAUGACAGUGCUUCAGCUUUACGACAGAGCUGGAAGGUGUCGCAAAUAUUGGCAAACGCGUUUUGGAAAAGGUGGGUAGUGGAUUACCUACCAACGAUCACCCGGAGAACUAAAUGGUUCGAUCACGUUAAACCGAUCGCCGUUGGCGAUAUCGUCAUUAUCGUGGACCCAAAUUCACCCCGAAACUGCUGGCCUAAAGGCAGAAUUAUUUCUGUGAAACCAUCGAAAGAUGGUCAGGUGCGAUCCGCAACAGUACAAACAGCAACGGGCAUAUACGAAAGGCCGGCGGUGAAAUUGGCGGUACUCGACGUCGGCGCAAACAGGAGUAACUUGAACCAGGGCCCAACUACUAGGGGGGGCUGUUGUGCGCACCCCUCGUGCGACAACGCGCCGAACGAAGAGCAACCCUGA